CGUUCGCGUCUACAGGUUCCCCGUCGGCGCCGCUGAAAGAACAGCGUGGACGCGCGCCGUGCCGCGUAAGGAUUUUGCGCCAUCAAAGUACACAGUGCUCUGCGAAAAGCACUUUCACCCGAGUGACUUCGUCACCUCGACGAGCUACACGGACACGGUCACUGGCAAAGUGAUUGAAGUUCCGCUUAAACUCAGGCGUCUAAAGCCGGGAACUGUUCCAAGCAUUUUCCCUGGCUGCCCCACGUAUCUUUCUCAAGACAAAAGUGCAGCCCGCGAAGGCCCAGAAGAAAAACGGGCUCGUAUGGAGGCCAAAGCGCUGCAAGAUGCAUUGCAAGAGUCACUCAUCACUCAACAAGAGGAAGAGCAGAGCAACGCCAUCUCCUCUCUCGAGGACCUCUUGUGUCACACGGACAAGCUUUUGGUGGGAGACUUCUGGAGCAAGGUGAUCGUGAAAGACAGUGUGUGGUUCUUGAACUUUGUGCCUCAAGAUGCGCCGGUAGUGCGUUGUGCUAUAGUUGUAUGUGCCGACCUCUGUCUCAAAGUAUACUUUGGAGAGACACGGAUUGAAAAGGUAGGCACCGUUGUGUUCCCUGUUUCAAUUUCGGACAUUAGACAACUUGGUGAUACACUUGACCGCGUUGAGGAAAUUGUAAAAUGCUCCAAAAAUGAUGAGGCAAGUGUUGAGCUUCUUUUGCGACGUAUGUUGGCACACUUAGAAGAACUGUCAUCAUUACAGUUUCCGUCUGACUGGCAGGCAGAAGUGAUGAAGUUUCUGAGGCAGCAAGUUGAGAUUGUUUUGACCAAUGGAGCGACGUAUCCAGCGGACUUACUUGUGUUCGCCAGUAUUAUGUUCACAAUAUCGCCACACGCUUACAAGUUCAUGCGAAGUACAUCGAAGUUGAGGCUUCCUCAUCCAAACACUAUUAGGCGUGUUUGUGCCACAUACAGCAUUAGUCCUUCUUUGGAGCAACAAGAUGAUUUGUACUUGUCGUAUGCCAAAAAAAUGGCAUUAGCACUCAAGGACCAUGAACGGACUGUAACGCUCAUGAUAGACGAGAUACAUUUACAGUCCUACUUCGAAUAUAAAGGUGGUUUUGUCACAGGUGCAGCUACGAACAGCAACAUUGCUGCAAGGACAGCAUACGUCUUCAUGAUUCAGAGCCUUCUGUCAUCCAACAGAUGUUGUGCAUAUUCUACCUGUUGCAAAACUCGAGGCGAAGGACUUGCACUGCUUUAUCAGGCGCCUCAUUAA